AACAUCCGGCGACACGUCUCAGACAGAGCGAUAAUCCUUCAGAUACAUCCAGACUAAUCAGAGGCGUUUAUCAUCACACAUAUCGUGCACGUGAGACUUUAUGAACCCUUAGAUUCAGUAUUUAUAAUCUGAGCCGACCUGCGGGGCCUUAAACACCUUUAGAGCUUCAGAUGGGGGAGGUGAGAAAGCUGCAGAAGAAAUUAAGGCAGAUUGAAAAUCUGGAAAUAAAAAUCAAUCUAAGUCCAGAGGAGAAAUUCAAGAUCUCCAGGAAGGCGGAGCUGCGCUCCAGAUUGGCUGAGCUUCAGCUGCAGCUUUCUGGCCCGCAGCAAACUCUGGGGAUCGUGGGAGACGGAAAUAAGGAGAAGAUGAAAAGACAAGUGCAACAUGCCCUGGAGACCCUUCCAUCACAAACGCCUCCAGCCGCCAAGAUCCUUAAGGGAGAAACUGAGUCCAAAGCUGCAGGAACGCCAGAGCCGGCUGCCAGGCAGAGAGUGGUAGCACCGCCUGCUGGGAGCGAGGUGCCUCCUCGGAGCAGAGACAAGUCAGGAUGCUCUCCAGAACAGCUACUGCAACAGGAAGAAGCAGAGUUUUCAACCCUCAAAACGUCCUGGGAGAAAGCGAGGUUUCGCUUAAGGCUGCUGGAGGGUCACAGUGACAUAGUCACCAGCGUGGUUGCUGUUGACAACCUGGUGGUUUCUGGAAGUCGAGAUACAACGGUGAAGGUGUGGCAUGUUCCCACAGCAACAGAGCAAAAGAACCUGGGGGGUCACACUGGUGGAGUCACCUGCCUGUCUGUACCUCCCCCUGAGUAUUGCAAGAAGCUGGCCUGGUCCCUGUCCUUGUCUGACAAAGAGAGGUUUAUUUUAAGCGGUUCUGCAGACAGCCAUGUGAAGAUCUGGGCCCUGAGCAUCGGGCAGUGUGUUAAAUCUAUCUACACAUUCAACGUGGUGACCGCGCUCUGCUUUGCGCCUGAGGGGGAUGGCUACAUCAUCACUGGUUCAGACGGGGGGAAAGUUCAAGCCUGGAGCUGGCACACUUUCCAGAACUGCCAGUCAGUCAACGCUCACCAGGAAGCAGUCAGCUCCAUCCAGUCUCAGGGUCCUCUGGUGUUCAGCGGCUCGGUUGAGGGAGGGGUGUCUGUGUGGGAGAACCAGUGUUCGGAUCGUGAACCCCUGAAGCUGCUCCACCACUGGAGCGGUCAGGUGACGGGCAUCAGCGGGGGGUCCGACGGGCGUCUGAAGCUCAGCCCGCGGGGAGACCGGGUGUUCCUGGCGUACGGUCGAGCCUGGAUCAAGAUCCUGCACUGGAGGACAGGAAUGAUAUCCAGGUUGACCAAUCACAGCAGCAUCACCGGCGUGACAGAUUGUGUUCAUCAGACCGGGGGCCUCUUAAUUGGCUCUUGCUACGACUUGGCGAACGGGGAGAGCUCCCUUAACUUGUUCUCUCUGCCUCAGUGUCGCUAUUUGGCCUCCCUGUCCUGGCCCGAUGCUCCCAGAAUCCUCUGCUUUGCGACAUGGACAACUGGUAGUGGAGACCACCGUUGGGUGACCGGGGGUCGGGACCUAAUCGUAUGGGAGCAGCUCCCCAGUUCUGGGAAGCAGAGGAGUGACGUCACGGUGAAGAGAGACUUUGGGAUGGAAUCGACACUGCUGGAGUCAGAGGGGGACACUGAGGAAGACGAGGAGACCGACGAUUAUGAGGAUAAUGAGGACGAAGGAACAGGAGGAGGAGGCGCCCGCCCUGAAGGUGGCGAGGAAGGAGCAUCUGGCUCGUGGCUACGCUGUGUUCUCCAGUGAAGCUCAGGCAGGACUCCACGGCCUGCAGCCGUCAGCGGGAAAUAAGGGGGGGGGGUUGAAGUGACAGACUGAGUGUUAGUCUGGGAGGAAGAGGAGGGAGCAUAUGGACAGAGAGCGAGCGAGUGAGUGAGUGAGUGAGUGUGAUGGGCAGAUUGUUU